AUGAUCCCCAGAAGCCUUUUUCGCUUUUGUUGCAUUCUUGGCUUCCUUUCCUUCAGCAAGAGAGUAACAAGCUUGACUUUCCUUGCACGUAGCUGCCAAAAUACAACCUACAAUCCGAAGGCUAAUAGCGCUUACAGCGCCAGCCUGAACUUUCUGCUUAGCAGUUUAUCUUCUAAUGCUUCUCACACCAUCAACGGGUUCUAUAAUUCCACUGCUGGCCAUAACAUUUCUGACAAAAUCUAUGGUCUCUUUCUCUGUCAAGGUGAUCUUAGCAGUGACAUUUGUGAACAGUGCGUGGCAGAUGCCAGUAAUAGGAUUCUAAAGCUAUGCUCCGAUGAAAAGACUGCAAUCGUUUGGUAUGACGAAUGCUUAUUACGGUAUUCAAAUGAAUCCAUGUUCUCCAGGGAGGACGCAAGCUUUCGGAUAAAUUUUUGGAGCGGACAGAAUGUCACUCGACCAGACCUGUUCAACCCUCUACUGCUAAAUCUGAUGAAUAAUGUUACCAAUCAGGCGGCAAAUGAUGGUUCUGGCAAGAAGUUUGCUGUUGAAGAAGCCAAUUUUUCCUCAUUUCAGAGGUUAUAUACCCUGGCACAGUGCACACCUGAUCUUUCGAGUUUUGACUGCAUGGCAUGCCUUAGUAAUGCUGUUUCAAAUCUUCCGAGUUGCUGCUACAACCGUCAAGGAGGUAGAGUUGUCUAUCCAAGCUGUAAUGUCAGGUAUGAGCUCUACCGGUUUUACAAUAUUGUAACCGCUGCAUCAAAUUUACCUCCUCUGCUGCCGUGGAGUACUCCUUCAAGCAGUAAAGAAAAAGGGCAAAAUUCAAGAGAAGUAGUUAUUGCCAUUGUUGUCCCAAUCAUCGUAUCUGUGUUUCUCUUUUUUGUGGCCUUAUUUCUCCUAAGGAGAAGAUUAAGGAAGAGAAGUGAUCGUGUAGUGGAAGCAACUGGUGGAAGCGAAAGCUUAGAUGCUGAAUCCUUACAGUAUAAUCUCAAUGAAAUACAAGCAGCCACAAACAACUUUUCUGCCUGUAACAGAAUUGGGGAAGGGGGAUCUGGUCGUGUCUACAAGGGUACACUUCAUAAUGGACAAGAUGUAGCGGUGAAACGGCUGUCUACCAGCUCAUUGCAAGGUUUUGAAGAAUUUAGGAAUGAAAUAGGACUGGUUGCCAAUCUCCAUCACAGGAAUCUAGUUCGGCUGCUGGGAUAUUGUUUUCAUGGAGAAGAAAAAUUACUCAUAUAUGAAUUUGUUCCCAACAAAAGCCUUGAUUACUUCCUCUUUGACCCGGAACGGCAACCAGUGUUGGACUGGUCAAGACGAUAUAAUAUCAUAGGAGGAUUAGCAAGAGGACUUCUUUAUCUUCAUGACGAUUCUCGCCUUAGAAUUGUUCAUCGCGACCUUAAAGCUAGCAAUGUACUGCUAGAUGAAAGUAUGAACCCCAAGAUAGCAGAUUUCGGUUACGCAAGGAUCUGUGCAGUUGACCAAUCUGAAGGCAGCACAAGCAAAAUUGCCGGGACAUAUGGUUACAUGGCUCCUGAGUAUGCAAUGCGUGGUCAGUUUUCCGUAAAAUCAGAUGUGUUCAGUUUUGGUGUUUUAGUUCUGGAAAUUAUAAGUGGCAAAAGGAGCGGUAGCUUCCACGAAUCAGACAGUGCUGAAGAUCUUCUGAGCUAUGCUUGGAAGCAAUGGAGGGAUGGAACACCAGUUGCGUUGCUGGAUCGCAAUGUAGGAGACGCCUCCUCGAGAAAUGAAGUCAUUCAGUGUAUCCAUAUUGGCUUGCUAUGUGUUCAAGAAGAUGCAGAACAGAGGCCUAACAUGGCUGCAGUAGUUCUCAUGCUUAACAGUUAUUCUGCGACCAUGCCAGCACCUAAUCAGCCUCCAAUUCUUUGUCAUAGCAGAACCUAGAAAAUGCCAAAAGAGCAAAAGACUGGGAGAAUCUCAUGGGAGCUUCAGCUUUGUCAAGUGCUGAAGUUUAUCAUCAAAUUACACGCAAUAUUUUGGCUUGAAAUGGGUGCUACAGAAACAAUUUCCCAAUCAUAAAAAGACCACAAAUUUGCCUGUCAAGCAUCAAUA